AUCAAAACAUAACCAUGCUUAUACUGUAUGGUCUGUUCACAUAAGAAAAUUACCAUAUGGCACCAUAUACAUAGGCUUAUCUUCUUUUGGGCAGAGGCUGAAUUUACUCUUGAACAGCCAUGGCCUCCUUAAGUUGCCAGUUUCAUUCCACCAACUUGUUCAGUCAUAAUGUCAAAAGCAAGAGUUUCAUUUCUUGCUCAGCGCAGCCCACACCAAGUAAUAUAAAGGUUGUGAUUAAUGGAGCAGCCAAGGAUAUAGGAAGGGCAGCAGUAGCGGCAGUAACGAAGGCCAGAGGAAUGGAGGUAGCCGGAGCAGUGGAUACUUGUCAUGUUGGGGAAGAUAUUGGAAAGGUUUGUGGCAUGGAAGAGCCACUUGAAAUACCCAUAAUAAAUGACCUUACUAUGGUUUUGGGCUCUAUAUCUCAGUCCAAGGCAAUGGGAGUUGUAGUUGAUUUCACUGACCCUUCCUCGGUGUAUGACAACGUAAAACAGGCAACAGCGUUUGGAAUGAAAAGCGUAGUUUACGUGGCCCGAAUCAAAUUAGACACUGUAGCUGCAUUAUCUGCAUUCUGCGAGAAGGCCAGCAUGGGUGUCCUGAUUGCACCAACCCUUUCCAUAGGAUCAAUAUUAUUGCAGCAAGCUGCGAUUUCAGCUUCUUUCCAUUACAGCAACGUCGAAAUCGUGGAAUCCAGGGCUGAUGCAAAUGAUCUUCCAUCGGCAGAUGCAAACCAAAUUGCCAACAAUCUUUCUAACCUUGGUCAAAUCUAUAACAAAGAAGAUCCUUCAACCGAUGUCUUGGCAAGGGGUCAAGUUCUAGGAGAUGGAAUUCGUGUUCACAGCUUGGUCCUUCCAGGACUUCCUUCCAGUACAACAGUUCACUUUUCAGGUCCAGGAGAGGUGUACUCUAUCAAGCAUGAUAUCACAGAUGUGCAAUGUCUCAUGCCAGGCUUGCUAUUAGCCAUCAGAAAAGUAGUUCGCCUCAAGAAUUUGGUAUAUGGAUUGGAGAAGUUUAUAUGAAAAUAGUGUACCUCCAAUCUAUUUGCCAAUUACUUGGUUAAACUGAAGGGCCCUUCCACAUCACCCUGUUGAAUAGCAUCAUAGAGAAGGUUUGAAAAGAAUGAAGGAAAGAGAACAGAUCCUCCUCCCAAAUUGCUUUCUUGCUACCCAAUUAUUCAAUCAUAUCAUUUAACACCUCAACUGUGAUUUGAUGAUUUUUUUUUUAAGAUUGCUUUGUAUACCCAAUUAGAAUUCAGAUCUCAUGAUGGCAUUUUUUUAGUUUAAAUGCAGCAAAGAGAAAAAAUCAAACAGAAAGUGAGGGAAUAUAACUCAAAAUUCAAAGAAUGCAUAUCUUAAUUCUUUUAAAAGACAAAUACAGUAUCAGAUUUGUGACCAGGAGA